GAGGAAAGCUGCCAGCCUUGAUUGUGGAAGUUUGGUACAGAACUGUGUGUUUCACUGCAUGUCACAUUUAAGCGACACCUGUUAAAUUUUGCUGCCUAAAAAAUAUUUCUGUCAUGCAAGGUAGCAAAAUAGCACUUUUAGUUGUGUGUCCAGAAUUCAUCGUGUAUUAAGAGCUUUCCUAAAUUGGGGUUUUAGUAACUAGAAGAACAGAGGCUUCUUUAGGGAUACUUUUUUACAAGCUGAUAUGUUGUUCUUAUAGUGGAGUCUGCAUGAGCUCCAAACUUUUGUCAUUUAUUGUUUUAAAUUAUGUGUAAGAAGGUAAAAGCAGUCCUGCUAUGUGUAAAGCCUUGUCCUGCCAGGUGGUAUCUGAUGUCUCAUGUCUGAGGCCCUGCACUUUCUUCCUGUUUCCCAGGUCAUUGAAAGAAACUUCUGCCUUAGAGCAAACAGAACUUAACCACAGGACAGAUGCCAUGCUUCCCAGUCCUGUGUGCUGUGCACAGUACCUGAUGAUACCUGUGCAGGCUGAUAGACUAAUAUGAAUUGGUGAUUUGUGCUGUUGAUCCUUCUGGGUGCUGCUGCUGCCCCUUUGCACUCACUUACCUCUGACGUGUUCUGCAGCCUGCCAGGGUGCUUGCUGCAGCUUUUCUGCCAGCACCUAAUUAGCUACUGUUCCCCACAGAAGCCAUGUGGAUGGGUGGAAGCACUGUGGGACACGAAUGUGACAGAUCCCAAAGCGAUUCCAGCUGCUGCCAAGGCAAGUGAGGUGGUUGCCCAUCAUCCAGCCUCUUCAUAGUGGAGAGGAAAUGCUGGACAUAAAAGAUGAGGACCACUUGGUAGAACAGUGGCUGAGGGAAAAGGACAUCCUGCUGCUUUCUGAAGUCUCCCUGCUGGCUCUUUCCUGUCAGUAGGGAACUAGCUUGGGGUCAGUUAAUUAUAAUGAUAAAGCUGGCCUACAGAGUCACAUUCAGGAAUGGUGCUGUCCUGCUGCUGCAAUCACUGUGGGCUACCCCUUUUCAUGCGUCAUCAUCCAGAGGUGGCACAGCUGCAGGUAAAGUAGUUUUCUACCUUCCGUCCUGAAUACACGUGUAUCUGUAAGGCUAUGAGUGUUGUUCUAGCCAAAGCUCAGCCCUUCAAGGAAACCCUGAAGCCACUCAAUAGAACUUAGUCUUAUCUCCCUCUUCUUUCCUUAGAUCCUGAGCCUCUCUUCAUGAGGGAGUAGAAUCCAUAAACCUGCCCUCUCCAACUUGUUAGGCAUGCACAGAUUUCCUCAAGAGUGAAAUGGAGGAGGGGACAGUCACACUCAGGACUUGAGAGAUACAGAGGAAGGGUUGGAUUACUGAGGCUGCUUAGAGGGAUAUCUGUUUGAAUUCAGUUAUUUCUUAUGAAACUUAUGUGUGGAUUAGGAGCCCAUUCUGAUGAAGUCUUGUUAUCUGGUGCCUCAACUCAGUCCAGUGACUUAAGACUCUAGACCUGCUGGAUCAGCUCCUUCCAGAUGCCUUUUGACACGUAAUGAUAGUUGAGGAUGGCAGCCCCCUGGCGAAUAUGCUGUAAUAAAAAAUCCAAAACUAAGAGUGGAAAAGCUGAAAUGGACAAUAUGGCAGACACAAGUGAAAAAAUGCAGAUGAAAAAAGAAAUCACGUUACUAAAUGGAGUUUCUUUAAUUGUAGGGAACAUGAUUGGCUCUGGGAUAUUUGUAUCCCCCAGAGGUGUUUUAAUGUACAGUGCUUCCUAUGGACUCUCUCUAGUCAUCUGGGCACUUGGUGGAAUGUUUUCACUGUUUGGAGCUUUGUGUUACGCUGAAUUGGGAACAUCCAUUGUUAAAUCUGGAGGCAGCUAUGCCUAUAUCCUGGAAGCAUUUGGUGCCUUCAUGGCCUUCAUCAGACUGUGGUCUUCCUUGCUCAUUAUCGAACCAACAACCCAGGCAGUGAUAGCAAUCACGUUUGCUAACUACAUUGUUCAACCAAUUUUUCCUCAUUGUGAGCCGCCGUAUGAUGCAGUCAGGCUGAUUGCAGCUGCUUGUAUUUGUUCCUUAACAUUUAUUAAUUGUGUUAAUGUGAAGUGGGGAACCCGUGUACAAGAUGUUUUCACAUAUGCAAAAGUUAUGGCUCUUAUCUUGGUGAUAUCAGUUGGCCUUUACAAAAUUGGUAAAGGAGAAACGGAAAACCUGAGAGCUCCAUUCGAGGGUUCAGCAACAAACCCAGGGAUGAUCGCUCUGGCUCUCUACUCUGCCCUCUUCUCCUACUCAGGAUGGGACACGCUCAACUACGUCACUGAGGAAAUGCAGAAUCCUGAGAGGAAUCUGCCACUUUCCAUUGCAAUUUCAAUGCCUAUUGUGGCUAUUAUUUACUUGUUGACUAAUAUAGCAUACUACGUAGUGUUGGACAUGUCAGCUCUCCUCACGAGUGAUGCAGUGGCUGUGACAUUUGGCGGUGAAACCCUCAGUUAUGCGAAGUGGAUAAUUCCUAUAGCAGUGGCCAUGUCUUGCUAUAGUGGCUUAAACUCAUCAAUAAUAGCAGCAUCUAGACUUUUCUAUGCUGGAGCCAGGGAAGGACACCUCCCUGACAGUCUGAGCUUGAUUCAUGUGAAAUGUUUCACACCAGUCCCUGCUCUCCUCUUCAAUGGCUUAAUGACUUUGCUUUAUCUCCUCGUGGAAGAUGUUUUCCUCCUCAUUAAUUACUACUGCUUCAACUACUGGCUCUUCGUGGGUCUCUCUAUUGCAGGACUAAUAUAUUUGAGAUAUACCCAGCCCCGUAGACCACGACCUAUUAAACUUAACCUCUUCUUUCCUAUAGUAUAUUGUUUAUGUUCCCUUUUCCUGGUCAUAGUUCCUCUCUACAGUGAUACAAUCAAUUCCCUUAUUGGCAUUGGUAUUGCCCUCUCAGGCAUUCCUGCAUAUUAUUUGGGAGUAUAUCUGCCAGUUGAAAAACGACCUAAAUGUCUACAGUGGCUCUCUGCUACAACAACAAAAUAUGUUCAGAUGAUCUUCUAUUGUGCUCUGUCAGACCUGGACAUAGACAUGGAAGCUACAGCAGCUAAGAGUAAAUAGAGUUGCUUUGACACUGAGGGUUGUGCCUUGACAUUUCCUAUCUGGAGCAACUUUUAUCAUCUGAAGUUCUCCCCAUGUGUUCAGUUACACUAAAGCACUGACCAUGUACUAUGCAUCAGUUUGAUAUCUGUUAAUUUGUGCUUGUUUUAUAAACCACUCGUGUUUUACAGGAUUUUUUUAAAAAAUGUUUGUUAAUAGUGAGUUAUCAUGUAACAAUUUCAAACUACAAAGCACUGUAUGAACAAACAUUUAUUAGUAGAUAAGUGCUAAAUAUUAUAUUAAUUGCAAAAUCAUAAUAAAAAGUAUUAGGUCUAGUCACAAUUCUAAAAAAUAAAUUGAUAAAUAUAACAAAAGACAGACCAGGUAUUUGCAAGAUUCAAAACCUGAGCUGGGAAGUAGAAGCCACAGUGUACUUAUAAAAAUAUAACUAAAUUCUUAGCCAAAGUAAAAAAUAUAUGAUUCAAACUGGUAGACAUGCUUUGAGUCAAUGUAGUAUUAGUGUUAAACUACUCUAAUGCAUAAUUCCUGGCAAACAUAGUUUACCAAAAGGAGAAAACCAAACAAUAUCCCAUAUUUAUUACUCUUUUGCAGAAGAGGUGUUUUCAAUGAAGAAAUUAUACCAUUGUAACUGAAGUACUUUUGCUUUGCAGCAGAACAACCUGCUGUGGAGCACUGUAAGGGACCGAUUCAUCUUCCAGGUAGUGUACGUUGAGGGAAAACACGUUUUCAUAGUGUCCAUUUCUUGCCUAGAAACAUCAUAGAUGUGACCCCAUGGAUCAUAUUAAUUUUUUCCAUGGUGGAACUUAUUUAAGAUAUUCACAAGUAGAAAUUAAAAUCUAUUGAUGUUUACAAAACCUCUUGAGCCCUUACUGAACCCAUCAGGCCUCAACAGUUUCUGCUGUCAAGGUAACCUGCAGGUCUCCUGCUGAGCAUGCAGAGAGCCUCCAGCACCAGCUGCCAGGUCUUCACCUCAUGUAGGUGCCUGUUGCACAAUACCCAGCACAGGCACAUGCACUGUACAAGCACACCCACCAUUAGGUGCCAUGAAAUAAAAGGGGAGUUAAGAACUAGGACCAUUCUCGUAAACAUUAAGUUUUUCAGUGUGGCACACAGGAAUGUGCAACUAGUCCUAAUUCUUACCCUUCUGAAACGGAAGAGACAAUAACUGUCGUUAGAAAAAAGUCAUCAGCCUUGUGACCUAGACCAUAAAAACAGCUGCUCCAGUUCUAAUAUGGUUUGUUGAUAUGUAGUACUGUUUGUUAUCCUUGUUGGCAAGUCUUACUUCCUUUCUGUAAUUGUAUUUGAAUAUAACAUCAUUGUUUCUAAUUUGAGUUUCAUCAUUCCUAUUCAAUUAACCUCAAUUAAGGUAAUUUAAUCUUUUACAAGUCCCUGUAGCUUUUAGCAUUAUUGUCUUUUAUUGAUGUCUGCCCAGAGAAAGAGCAAUGGAACAGGCAAUCAUUGCUCCUUACUCUCUCCAUUCCCUUCCCAUGUUGUAAAGUCAUUUGCAGGAUUAUAAUUUCGUGCAUCUCCAACACAGUGUUUGCUGACAGGGCACUUGUGAAACCUUCUAUUUGUGUUUCAGUGCCAUCUGCUGUUGCAGUUUCUUUUCUGCAGGGUUUUCUUUUCCUACAAAGUAUGAAUAAUAAAAAUGCACUAAAUUAAGGAAAACAUUACGCUGUUAGAGAUGCAUGUUUUGCUUUUUGGAAGCCACAACUUUCAAGCACUAAAAUCACAAGUAUCGCAAUCACAAAACACAAAGAGGAAAGAUGACCUGGGGUGUAGUUUAGUUUACCCAGCUCAGAACAUCCCCAUGUACUCUUCACAUGCACAAAGAAUACCUCUGUUACACUAUAGCACCAUUUUGAUCCUGCUCUACGAUUCUAUGGAAAGAUUGUGUUUUCACCCCAUCUUUUACAAAGCACUGGUAAACAACAGAACGUGGUCCCAGACUGCAUCAGGGCACAAAGAGAGGACAUUUGGCAGGUACCAAAUUAAACAUGACAGUCUUUGCCCCCACAGAGGUCAAUGCUUGGCGCUGAGCUAUAUGUCACACCGAGACAGCACUACAGGUAGUGUAAUGAGGGCUACAGGCUAAGAUCCUUUCCACAGAGAAUUCUGAGCCGAGAAACUUCUUUCUUUGUCUGUUUUUUGCCAAAAUCUGGCCUUGAAUGAAUCUGUUAACUUUUGCAGCAUGACACAAAAACCUUUGUUUUCCUCCUUUCUGGACAGAAGGAAAGUAGUAGUCAGAUGCAAGGUUAUAAAUGUGAAUGUUAUUGAAAUUCUCUAUGAACAUUGGAAUCUCAGAAAUAUUAAUGUGUUGAUUUUUCACUCCUUACAAAUAAUACAUGUAAGUUCUUGUCAAAUACCUAAAGCAAGUCAUAGAUGAUGAAGUGUUUAAAUACAUAAAACUUUGAUCCUUGGAAAAUGCUGUAGUUGUGUGGGUUCAAAGCAUAAAAAUAGUACUGUGAAUGAAAUUUGCCCUGCCUUACAUCUCACAAGUUGGUUUACCAGGAGAGCAACGAGACUCUAACACUUAUUUGUGUUCUCUAUAACACAACAAAAUAAGUAUUUAUGGAAGCAAAAAUUUCUAGUUACUCCAGGUGGGACUCCUCACUGCAGUUAUGAGCAGUUCUUUACCCAAACACUUUCUUGUUCUAAGAGUAAACACAGUUUUCUUACAUUAUUCACAGAUGCUCAAUUAUGCAGUCAAACAAUAAACAGUUUUAUUU